AUGCCAACUACAAUGGAGGCAAUGUAUAUGAUUUUAUUGACUGUAGGAAUUUGAGGAAAUGGAUUUUUUGUACUGCUUAACUACUGGCUCAGAAGGAAAGAUAGCUCUUUGAUUGACAUCAUCCUGGUCAGUGUAGCCAUCUCCAGAAUCUGUUUGUUGUGUGUAAUAUUUUUAUAUGGCUUUGUUAUGCUGCUCUCUUCAGAUACAUAUGCCCAAGGUGAGCUAAUGAACACUUUGAAUGUUUUAUGUGUUCAUUCACAUCAUUCAAGUGUCUGGUUUACCUCUCACCUAAAAGUCUUCUAUUUACUCAGGAUAGUGGAUAUAUCCCACUCAUUUUUCCUCUGGCUGAAGCUAAAGUUCAAAGUCAUCCUUGGGAUUCUUCUGAUUUUCUUUCUUAUUUCUUUAAUUAUUAGUGCUUCAUUGACUGAGGACUCCUGCUGUCACUUCAAGGUCAAUUCUGAAGAAAAUAUAACUUGGAAAUUCAAAGUGAGUAAAAUCCCAAAUCCUUUCAAAGAGAUUACCCAGAAUAUGGGGGCUAUAGGUCCCUUUAUUCUUUGCCUGAUCUCAUUUCUCUUGUUACUUUGCUCCCUCUUAAGACAUAGGCAGAUGAAACUUCAUGCCUCAGUGUACAGGGCUCCAUCACAGAGGCCUACUUGUGAAUCCUAUAAGGCAGUGAUCAUCUUUCUGCUGCUUUUUAUUAUGUACCAUACAGUCUUUCUUGUCAUAAAUAGCUUUCUGAUUCCUCAGAGAAAAUUUGUUGUGAUGUUUGGUUGCAUAAUUACUGUCAUUUUUCCAUGA